AUGUCUCGACUAAGCUUUCAAGAUGACCUCCUGCAGUCUUUGAAUGGGCGAACCAUCAUUGUUACUGGUGCCGCUCGAGGGAUUGGUGCAGCCACGGCAACACUCUUCAACGAACAUGGAGCGCUUGUGUGCAUCACAGAUCUGCCGGGGCGCAAGGCGGACGCACAGGCGCUCAUAGUCUCUAUGAAGCACCCAGAGAACGCCAUUUUCGCGCCUGCAAGUGUCACGGACUGGACGGCCUUGAUGCAUGUCUUCAAGACUACUCUGAGUAGGUUCGGUGCGAUUCACAUGGUCGUGGCCAAUGCCGGCAUCAUGGAGAGCUCGCCGGUCUUGGACGUCAGCGUCGACGGCGUAGGGGAUCCCAUCGAGUCGAUGGAGGCUAAUCGAGUCCUGGAUGUCAACUUGAAGGGGACUUUGAACACAUUGCGUCUGAGCUUGCACUACAUGGCCAAGAACAGUCCAGCAUCCGAUGGAUUUAGAGGGUCCAUCGUCCUAGUGGCAUCUAUAUCCGGGUAUUUCGGCUCGACCGGAAACGCCGCGUACAUCGCUUCGAAGCACGGCGUCAUUGGGUUGCUGAGAGCAUCGCUGGACAAGGCAGCCUCGCUGGGAGUGCGGGUGAACGCAGUGACACCUGGUUACACGCCUACAGGUAUCACAAGGGAGUUUGGCAAUGUCAUCACGCAGGCCGGUCUGGACGCCAACACUCCUGCUGCUGUCGCCACGGCCAUCGCGUUUGCCGCUGCGGAUCCUUCCAGACACGGCACCUCUUGCUUGGUCUUGGGUCAUCAUCUACAUGAAAUGGAGUACAGCCGGGCAAACGUCCUGCAGUCCUGGCUCGGGCAAGACGUAGCGGCUGCUCUCGCGAGAUUUGGCACCUUUGUGAAAUCAAUCGGCGGGUACCGUCUCCCAAAAUGGGAGCCGAUCGACAAUGUAGACUGA